GCAGGUCCUGAUGAGAGGAAGUCAGAGCUGCUUCCCACCGGCUGGGAAGCCAACAAGGAGGUGUAUACGCUGCGCUACAAGUCCACGGAUGAUGCUCGUGAGCUGCUGCUGAAGGCCAUCAUGGUGGAGGACAAUAUGAUCCUCAAUGUUAUGGAUCGCAGCUCUCAGAAGGUGGCAGAUGUGACCUUGGCAGUGGCUGACUACAUCAACCCAGAGCACCUGGACGAUUUCCACAAGGUGUACAAGAACACUGAGGAGCUGAGGACAAGGAUCUCUUCAGGCAUCAUCACUCCCCUCGGGGCCCCUGCAGAAAAGGCCAAAAAGGAGCCUGAGUCCAAAAAGGAUUUGCUCCGGGAUGACAACCCACUCCACAUCCCUCCCCGGCAGCCAACAGGCACGAUGGCCCCAUCCUGGCCUUCCCCCUUGAGUCCCUUUGCUGUUGGUGGGGAUGACCUGGACCCUCUUGGGAGUCGGGGCGGGGGAAUGAUCAUGGAUCCUCUCCGGUCUGGCUUCCCACGGCGUGGCAUUGACCCAUCAUCAGGCAUCCCAGGCCGACUUCCCCCGGGAGCUGUUCCACCAGGAGCUAGAUUUGACCCUUUUGGGCCGUUAGGAGCAGGACGAUCCGGGCCUGAUCCCGACCACCUUCCCCCUCCAGGCUACGAUGACAUGUUUAUGUGA